AUGGCGGGCAGAGGUACUGCCCGUUUUGAACAAACCUUGAAGAUAUCGCCGGUGAGGUACACGUGCCAGCCGACGGGCACCAGUUGCCUGAGUUCCAGACGACCGGCCACACUGCAGCCGGCGUCACCCACGCAGAGUCCCACGAAGACCACGGUUACCGCGACCGGGGGUUCGGUAGUGUUGGCGGCAGGCGGUGGAACGUCCUCUGGUUCACGCAGGGGUUCCAGGAAACACGUGCAGUUCCCGGAUUUCGAAACGCCCAACCUCAAGUCCACAGACCUGUUGCACGCGAACUGGAAACAAGGACCGUCGCCACCACCCGAUCAGAUGAGCACCGCGACGACAGCAGGUUAUACGAUCUCCAGCAGCUCCUCUGCGGUCGAGUUACGAUGUAUGCGAGAAUAA